AUGUCUGGCAAUUAUCCCAGUGAGUUGUCUAAAAACACUUUGUUGCCAAUUUCCAAACAAAACAAAAAUCCAAGUGACUCAGACGCCGAAAGCUGUAAAAGCAGUGAAUUUGGCGGCCUGUUCGACCAGCAGCUUAUAGAGAAGUAUGAAGAAGAACAUCAUGAAUUCAUGCAGUAUGGGCUUUCACAAAAGAGCGAAUUAAUUUUACGGAGAAUUUCGAUGUCAAAGCAGGUUCCUUAUGAGUUCAGAAUCCAGCCAUUUUUCCGUUUACUUGUUGGGGCUUAUCAAGAACUGAAUUUAAAUGAAAUCGAAGUUGCGGUGUGAGCAAUUUAUAUUGAGCGCUUUGUUUGACCAGAACCUCAGGCAACGCUUCAUUACUUGUUAGUUACUACAGCAUUUGCUGCGAAAUUACACAUGAAUGAUGAUAUAUUUUAUUAGUUAAUUUAAAAUAUAAGCUUGAAAAAUAAAAAAGUUAGCAUGAUAAGUCUAUAUAAAAUAGAAUUUUUUUGCAAAGCACAUUAUGCAGCUGAAAAUAAUUUAAAAUAAUAUACAAAUCACUUAAAAGAAUAUCUUAAAACAAAAAUUUUGGGCUUUGAAGAAAAUUUUGCUUUAUGAUAUUCGCAAAAUGAAAAAAAUAUGAUGAUUUCUCUGCAAGAGCUGAAUACAGUUUAUUCAAAUCUUGGAGAAUGAAUGGAGAAAUCAAAAGACAACAUGGCCUUUGAAUUGAAUUAUUAUGUGGACGAUAUACUCAAAUCUUCGCUGCCAUACCAAUCUGAAGCCAAAGAGCUUCAAAACGAUUUCAAGUCAGGAGCUAAGCAAAUCAAUAUUGAGCAUAUCCCUUGCUUCGCGAAAAAUACCUACUUUAUAUUAAAAUUCCUAUAUACAUAAAAUGGCGUAUGGCGACCGACCCGUCCUCCCAGUGACGGUAACCUGUGUAUAUCCGGGCAUGGUUUUCUGGAGAAGCGACUUAGCCCAGCAGUAUCUGGACCCUGGUGGCGACCAGGGAUGAACACAGACCCGUCUGAUCGUGGCCAGAUCCUAGGGCAGUUAGUAGCAUCUCCUUUUUCCAGCAGCACCCAAGCCAGUGGGUGCCCGAAAUGGAGCAGGGCGACUUACCUGCUCAAGCUGCUAUUGUGGUCUGCCCCGAAUCGCGGAAGUGAUUGAGUAUUUUGUCAAGCGGAUAAGCUGGCAAAAGGGGAGGCAGAUUAGACAGCCUAAAGGCGGUCUCUCCAGUUAAAAGGGUCCUUUUAAAGGACGAUCUGGCCAACCGGAGACAGAGACUGGCGUAACUCGGGGCAAAAGGCUGAGUUGGAAAUGGUGGUGCUCAGCGACGGUCUGCUGACGACCCAAUAGGGCAACCACUACCGAGAAACCAGGGGUUUCGGCCUGGGCUCAGAGAGCCAGUGAUGGAAGUCCAUCCUUUUCGCUCGUGCCAGCACGGCUCCUCACGGAGCGCGGAGGAAUGUCACGCAUGGAAGAAGGGACCUUAAACACACAUCGUUCUAAUCUAAUCUAAUAUUAAAAUUCCUAAUUUUAAAUGAAUUUUUCAAAUAAAUAAUUUUUUAAUAUAAAAAUUUAGGAAUAUAUUUGAAAUAAACUCAUAAUAUCCCGGUUAUGCCAUUACAAUUUCCUCCAGUGGAAGUUCGACAGAUAAAUUUUUAUGACAAUUUGCUACCUCCUCUAUCAAAUCCAAAUAGUGGUGCCUCACCUGUAUUGAAUCUGCACCCCCAAGUUUCUGAAGACACAGAUUUUCUGAAUUUAACCCCGAAUUAUUCUCAAAAAGGUAAAUCAAGUGCUAGCUUUUAA